AUGGGUAAACCGAACCUCUUCGAUGAUGAUGACGGCGAUGACCAGAAGCCCUCCAGCUCCUUCAAAAUCAACGAAGCCUACGCCGAGCGCUACGACAACUGGAGACGGCUGGAAGAGAUGCAAAAAAUGAAGGACAAAUACGGCAACGACAUUGGCGAAGAGGAGGAGAGCUCCAGCGAGUCGGAACCGGAAUGGACGGCCGAUGACGAAAAGGACUUCUUGCGUACCCUCGGCGCGCUGAAGAGCAACAACAGCACAAUCUACGACUCCAAGAGAACUUUCUUCAAGGUAGAAGUGGUCGCGAUCAGCCUAACGGUUUCCUUUAGGAGAAAUUGGACGCCUCGCCGGACAAGAAGAAAAAAGGAAAAGCCGAAGGCGAAGGACGAGAAGCUCUAUCUGCGCGAUUACGAGCGGAAAGUGGUGCUGGAAAAAGAGGGGAAGCUUGACGAUGAGGACGAUGAAAUUGAUGACGACGCCCCAAAGCCGGAGGGCUACUACGAGGAGCAGGAGCGGAUAAAGAGAGAACUGAAAAAGGCGUUGAGCGCGGCUGAUGGAGGCGAGGAUGGUGACCUGCUGGUGAAGCGCGAAAAGUCGAAAGGCCAGAAGGAGGAGGAGGACGCCGAUUUCUACGAAUGGCUGAAGAAGCAGGAGGACGAGCCGAUUGAGGGGGCAGAAGAUCUGGUGCCGUUGAAAAAGGCCUGGAACGACCCAAACAUUGACGCUCAAGACCGCUUUCUUCGCGACUACCUCCUGAACAAGGAUUACGAGUGUGGCGAUGAUGAAGCAAUACCUACUUACGACCAAAUCUGCGACGUGGCAAACGACGAGGAGGAGCUGGAACGGCAAGAGCAAUACGAGACCAAGUACAACUUCCGCUUCGAGGAGCCCGAUCAAGAAUUUAUCAAACAAUACCCCCGCACGGUCGCCGAGUCGAUUCGAAAAAAGGACACGGCGCGCAAGGACCAGCGCGAGACGAUCAGAGAGCGCAAGAAGCAGGAGAAAGAUGAGAAAAAGAAGGAAAUUGCCGAGAUGAAGCGCAUGAAAAAGGAUGAAAUCAACAAGAAGCUGGCAAAGCUGCGCAGACUCGCCGGUGAUGACGUCCCGUUGAGCGUUGACGAUUUGGAGGGCGAUUUUGACCCCGCUGAAUAUGAUAGAAGAAUGAAGGAGGUUUUCGACCAGCACUACUACGACAACGAGGAGGCGAUCGACAACGUCGAGGGCCUGGAAAAGCCCGUAUUCUCCGACAUGUCUGACGACGAGUUCGACGGCGAUGAAAGCGACGACCCGGAUAACGUGCAAUUGGGAACGUUAAAGCAGAAGCCGGGACCCGCUAAUCCAGACGUUGAAGGCGAUGAACAAGAGGAAGAGGAAGAGAGUAAAUUCCGAGGGCGUAUGGAUGCUUCGGGUCGCCGGAAAAAGCGGAACUCCCAGUUCGCCGAGGCCGUCUCCAGGGCGAAGCCGCUGUGGAACCCGAAGGAGAAGACGUUCGAGGAGUACUUCAAUGAAUACUAUGCCCUCGAUUAUGAGGAUAUUUUGGGAGACCAAAGAACGCGCUUCCACUAUCGUCAAGUGAUCGCGAACGAUUUUGGCUUGCAAGUCGAUGAGAUUCUGGAUGCCGACGAUCGUCAGCUAAAUGCUUGGGCCAGUGUGAAAAAGGCCACCGCCUACCGCACAGACGCCGAAGAAAAGUUUGACGUGAACGCCUACAGGCGAAAAGCCCAGGACACGCAAAAAAAGGCGCGCCUCUUUGCCACCGACUUUGGCGGCAAAAAGACGAAAAAGCUGGAGGAAACUGAGCAAAAGGUCGACGUGGAGCUCCAGGAACGGGUCGAUGUUGAUGAUGCGCGCAAGAAUAACGGCGCGGCUGGCCAAGCAAAGACGGACGCCGCGAAGAAGAGCAAGACGAAAAAGAAGAAGACCGAAAAGAGUGCGCAAGAAGCUGCCGGAAAUGAUGGCAUAGUUGAGGCCAAGGAGAAAACCAAAGCGCCAAAAACCGCACUGAAGGCUACGAAUGGCGCCGCUUCAACGGAAAAUGACACUAAAAAGAAGCGCACCCGGAAGCGCAAGGGAGCCGCACCGGCAGAUGCGUUGCAGAUCGACGACCAACGCCUGGCUGCAUACGGGCUCAACCCGAAGAAGUUCAAGAAUAAGCUGCGCUACGGGAAGAAGCCGAGAGUUGAAGCCGGAGACGCUGCCGAGGCGGCCGAA